CUCCCUCUCCCGCAGUCUCUCUCCGUCUCUCUCUCGCUUUGGGUGAAGAAGAAGAACCCUCCCUCUCUCUCGUUUUGGGGCGAAGAAGAAGAAGAGAAGUGGAGACAAAGGAGGUGAUUUUCUUUUCUUUUUUCCUUUGCUUUUAUUGAAAGGCAACAUGGCGGAGGUGAUUUCAAUGGCUGACAUUGAGGCUAUGGCCCAGCAUAUUGGAAUCGAUUUGUCCAAAGUUGAUGUGGACUCUAUAAAGCUCCCUCCGGGAGAAGAUUUUGGAAUCAAAAGUGAUGAUGAUGAGGAUAUUCUUCAAGCGGAUCCUCUGGAAUUUGAGUCCGGAUUCCAAAAUGUCAUUGUGGUCGACAAUCUGCCAGUCGUUGCGCCUGAGAAAUUCGAGAAGCUUGAAGGUGUUGUCCGGAAGAUCUACAGUCAGAUCGGCACAAUCAAAGAAGAUGGGCUUUGGAUGCCUGUUAGCCAGGAAACGCAGAAAACCCUAGGAUACUGCUUCAUUGAGUACAACACUGCACAGGAAGCAGAGCUUGCAAGGGAGAAGACGAAUGGGUACAAGUUAGAUAAGUCGCAUAUAUUUGCUGUGAACUCAUUCGAUGACUUUGACAAGUACAUGAAAGUUCCAGACGAGUGGACUCCUGCUGAAAUAAAGCCAUACACACCUGGGGAAAAUCUACAGCACUGGCUUACUGACGAAAAAGCAAGGGACCAGUUUGUCAUUCGUGCUGGUUCUGAUACUGAGGUGUUGUGGAACGACCCAAGACAGCUGAAGCCUGAAUUGGUUUACCGUCGCACUUUCUGGACUGAAAGCUUUGUGCAGUGGUCUCCACUUGGGACAUACUUAGCAACAGUUCAUAGACAAGGUGCAGCUGUUUGGGGAGGUGCCGCGACAUUCAACCGCCUAAUGCGCUAUGCUCAUCCACAGGUAAAACUCAUUGACUUCUCUCCUGGAGAGAAAUAUCUGGUCACCUAUAGUAGUCAUGAACCUAGCAAUCCCCGUGACACACAUAGGGUGGUACUGAACAUCUUCGACGUGAGAACUGGAAAACUUAUGAGGGACUUCAAGGGGAGUGCUGAUGAAUUUGCAGCUGGUGGAGCUGGGGGUGUUGCUGGAGUCUCCUGGCCUGUUUUUAGAUGGGGUGGUGGAAAAGACGACAAAUAUUUUGCCAGGAUUGGGAAGAAUGUCAUCUCAGUAUAUGAGUCAGAGACGUUCAGUCUCAUUGAUAAGAAAUCUAUGAGGGUUGAGAAUGUGAUUGACUUAUGUUGGUCGCCGACUGAUCCCAUACUUGCUCUGUUCGUACCAGAGCUAGGCAGUGGAAAUCAACCUGCUAGGGUAAGCCUUGUUCAAAUCCCGGGCAAAGAAGAACUGAGGCAGAAAAACCUCUUCAGUGUCAGCGACUGCAAGAUGUAUUGGCAGAGCAAUGGGGAUUACCUUGCUGUCAAGGUUGACAGAUACACGAAGACGAAGAAGAGCACUUACACCGGUUUCGAGCUCUUCCGCAUCAAAGAACGAGACAUCCCAAUCGAGGUCUUGGAGCUCGAGAAUAAGAACGACAAGAUUAUUGCAUUUGCUUGGGAGCCCAAAGGCCACAGGUUUGCAGUAAUCCAUGGGGACAGUCCAAGGCCCGACAUAAGUUUCUACUCGAUGCGAACAACCCACAACACCGGCCGAGUCUCAAAGCUCACAACCCUCAAAGGCAAGCAGGCUAAUGCUCUUUUUUGGUCCCCUGCUGGCCGCUUCAUUAUCCUUGCUGGGUUGAAGGGUUUCAAUGGGCAGUUGGAGUUUUACAAUGUUGAUGAGCUUGAGACCAUGGCCACCGGCGAGCAUUUCAUGGCAACUGACAUUGAAUGGGAUCCGACUGGAAGAUAUGUUGCGACUUCAGUCACUUCAGUUCAUGAGAUGGAAAACGGCUUCAACAUAUGGUCAUUCCAUGGCAAGUUACUAUACAGGAUUCCAAGGGAUCAUUUCUAUCAGUUCCUGUGGCGGCCAAGACCACCUUCGUUCUUGAGUUCGGAGAAGGAAGAGGAGAUUGCAAAGAACCUGAAGAAGUACAGCAAGAAGUACGAGGCGGAGGACCAGGAUGCAUCGUUGCUCUUGAGCGAGCAGGAUCGGGAGAAGAGGAGGAUGUUGCAGGAGGAAUGGGACAGAUGGGUGAAGGAAUGGAAGCGGUUGCAUGAGGAGGAGAAGCUGUAUCGGCAACAGCUGCGGGAUGGAGAAGCAAGUGAUGAGGAGGAGGAAUACGAAGCCAAAGAGGUGGAAGUCGAGGAGGUUUUGGAUGUCACAGAGGAGGUUGAGUACGAUUUCGAGCAACAGGAGUAAGUACAAAAUCCGAACCAUAACCUAAACACAUCUGAGGUGAGUCUUCAGUUUUUGCAGUUAUUUCAAUCUUAUUUCAUACGGAAGACGGUUAAUUUCUGUUUAACUUCUAAAACAUCAUACUUUGAAUCUUCUUUUUAGUAUUUUUGGCAGAGUGGAAAUGAAAAUGAGUUUGAAGUAUAGA